CUGGCAGCUAAUGCCUCACUCUAACUGCCUGGGUUGAUGAUGCCUCUGGGACUGGCAGUGGCACUCGGCGUCCUCCCACAUCUGGAUCGCAGACACUUCCAACCCAGGCUUGCUGGCAGUCCAGUCCUACACGCCAGUGACCCCUCAACAAGGUAACUAUCCAUUCACUGGGCACUUGCUUUGUCACAGCUCUGGGGCUCACUCACAGCACCAUAAGAAAGAAAAAAAGGAUUAAGAGAUACUGAGAUGCAUUUCAAGGAUGCUGAUCGGCUGCAAGAGGAGGAGGAUGGAGCAAGUGUCAAUCAGUUCAGCUUGAACAUCCAUGGUCAGCAUGCUACACAUUGGCAGUGAGACACAGGAGCCAGGCUGGCACCGGCUGCAGGUAAUAAACCAGAGAUAUAUAAAUCCUCUUUGGGGGCUGUUGCUGCUGAAUUUAGAAAGGAAUCCCAGUUAGGGUCUUGUGUUCACCCCCCACUGGCCCAGACCCUGCAAUCAUGUCUGAUGGGCAGCUAGAGCAGGGAUAACCUUGCUUAUGUAGAUACAGGCUGGCUUAGCAUGCUGGGAAAUAUAGUUCAUAUAUAUUCGCAGUUUAGAGGUUACUCACCAUUCAGAUAAGAGACGAGCAGCUGUGAGUACUAAUCUCAGUUAUGCUACAAACCCAUUUACCGAGAACAGGAAAGUAGGGGUUAAAUAAAGGUUAAUAAGAUUGCUUUAUGUUAAAAAAAACAGAACAAGUUUGAAUAUAAUCUUGAAGUAUUGUGCCCAGUGUUAACGCUUAAUCCAAUGCAUACAAUUUAUGGCAGGAGUUUUGCAUGAAAUAUAUUGUGGGUUUUUCUUACAAUGUUUAUUUAGGAAAAUAAGACCUGUAACAGCAGAUGAAACUCAAUAAGCAAGCAUAAUACAUGCAUAGAUAUUCAUGGUAUUCAUUGUCAGCAGUGGAAAGAAUAAUGAACAAAAGGUAGAAGAGGAAAAAGAAAAUGAAUGUGAGUAGAUCGAGUAAAGAUUUGGAAACAACAGGCAAAUCCUUGUGAAGUUUAAUUAGGGGCAAGCCACCAAAAUAGCUGCAGAGCAAAGCGAGGGCCCUCCAAGAUAAUCCACUUAGUGCCAAUGGUGGAGAAAAAAAAGGGGGAGGGAAGGGACAAAAGGGUUAGAUAGAUUUAAUUAGGUUGUCCGGGGUCAUGGGAUUGCACUAGGGAAUGGAAAGAUUCUGAGUAAAGGAACUGAUCCCAUACACCAUAAUGUAGCAGUUUUAUGACCUCUGGAUCUGUCUUUAGUCUCCAUGAAUGUGACCACUUCCACCCUAGAUAUCCAUCAUGGACGGAAAGUUAUUAUGUACAAACCAGAAAGCGGAUCAUUUAAUAUAAUCUAUAAAUAUCUGUGUAACAGGAGAAAUAUAUUCGUGAAAUGGAACUUAAUGUGUAUGUAUAUAGCAGCAUUAUAUAGAUAGAUGCAAUGCAUGUGAAUUUGAAUAUUGAUAAGUGAAAUCAUUUCAGUGAUAAAAUUAUUCAUUAUUGUUUGUAUUUGGCAUACAUAACCUAACAUCAUGCCUAUAUCUAGGUUUAUUAAACAAUUAAAUACACAACAAAUUUGACUGAUGUUCCUCUUAUAAACAUCAAUAUUAUGUAGACACGAAUGGUAGAGACCAUCAAUAUAGCAAUGAUUUAAUAGUGUUACUUUGAAAACAGAGCAAUGCCCUCUCAGCUCAUUCAGCUCCUUUUAUAAGCCAAGCUUAAUUUACACUACUGGGUGCACUGGCUGAGAAUUAUGGGAGUUACACUGACCACAGCAUCUUGAAUAGAAGUAUAUCCUAGCCAUAAGUCCUCCCUAAUACUAAAUACAUUCUCACCCUAAGUCUCUGUAACCCUAAAACCCUCUUAACUCUAAAAGCCCCCUAUCAUUAGCCAAGUGUACCAGUUCUGGAUGCCCAAAAGAUACUCCCCCUUUAAACCUGAUUGUUUCAAAUGCAAAAUUUCCAUUGUAUUUCUAGGUAGUUCGGUGUGGUUUCAUAUUGGGUUACAGUAUGGAUUGGAUCACAGUCAUGUAAACCUCUCAGUGAGGCAUAACUUAACCGAACACAUUUCGAGCACCAUAACCACUAGAGCCAGCUGUAAUUUUAAUGGUACCUUCCCAGAGCAAUAAGUCAUCCAUGUAUGAAGCAUUUGACAAUUUUCCUGGGAUUUGCCUGGGCACCCAACCAAAGCCUACUCUGCAAACGGACAAAGCCAACUCUGCACUAAGCUAAACUCAGGGGGGCCAGGCCUAUGUUUAUUAGCUGAGAGUGUUCAGCUUAGGGCUUACCUCUGUGGACUUCUUGCAGAAGAUUCUGACCACAGGGGCAGCAGUGAUGGGCGCCCAGCAGAAUCCAAUCAAGCUGGCAAAUUAUUCUUAAAUGUUUUGGCUGCUUACUCUGGGUGGGUGGAAAGAAACUCCUUGGAACAUAAACACUACAGCAAGCUGUAGUGGUUAUGGUGCUUGGAGUGUUCCUUUAAAUUACUUGGGCGAACAAGACAAUAGUGUCAAAUGUUUCUAUUUUUAGCUAUUGUCUUUGGUGCUAGAGAGACAGACUAAUUUUUAAUCAUUCUCAUUAUGCUGACCUUUUUGCCUGUGUGUAAGCAGGAAAUCCUUUCAAUCUGAAAGGUUUUUGUCUGAAGUGUUUACUCAGUGCUAUAAAUGAAUUGGUAAUCUUUGUUCCAGCAAUGAUGCAAGCCAUGAAUGGUGAAAAUAAUGGUCCUCUUUACAGCGCGAUACAAAUUACCUUCAAUUUAAUACAAUGCUUUUUGUGAACAGUGGUGUAAAUGGAGUAUUCAUCAUGUCUUCAAAAAGCAGACAUGUUCUUAGAAUUCCAAGAGUUAAAGGACAAAUAAAGUCAUCCAGGUUACUUCACCUUGGAAGGGUUACACAGUCACUAUAGGCACUUCUGCAAUAAAGUUUGAGUAAAACACUGUUAUGUGAUGUUGCAGCCCUCAUAGGAAAGCAUUGAUUCAAUGCUUUCCAAUGGGGAAGCUUGGAGGCACCUGUGACACUUGAACUUACCGCACAUGUGCAUCAGGUACCCAUUGGAUUGGACCUUUGCCGAACAAGUACGAUUUCAGUGGGACAGUCCUAAUUUUCAGAUCCAGCCAUCCUGACUUUGUUCCCUUGUGUCCUGCUUUGGGGGACACCAGGGUACUGUCCCCAAAAAGUGUAGGAUAAGGACAUAAUUAGAUGCACUGGUGCUGCACUCAAGGCACUAGGGUCCUGCAGAAAGCCAUGCUGGCCUACAUGACUGGCAGGCAACCAAACUAGGGUGACCUGUCAGUAAUUUGGGUGGACCGCCCCAACACUGGUGUCCUGCUUCUUGGGAUGCCAAUGUUGGGGGUAUGAAAUUCCAUAAAGUACUAAAUAACUUUUCAUCUAUACAUUUGCUAGCAGUUUGUCUAUUGUAACGUACAGAAGACACACUGCUCUUUAAGGCGAUGCCGAGUCAACUUUAAAGAACAUGCUAGUCACUGAUAUCUAAAUUUUUCACAUUAAAUGUAUGCCUUAAGGCUUGCUUUGCAUCCUGGGAAAAUGUAAUUUUCAAACAUCUGGUGUGCCUGAUUUAGGCAUCCCUGCUCUGGGCACAAGAUGUUUUCCAGCAAUUUAAAUGUACUCAUUCUUGGCAUAUGUAGUACAGAUUGAUUUUCGUCAAUCAAUGUUUAUCCUACCUUUUCAUUCCCCUGCCACUGUUAAAUAUAGUGUGUUGUCAGAGAAGUAGUAAUGAGAGUUAAAGGGACACUAAACUGCCUAAAUACAUAAUAAAUAAAAAUCACUGUUUAGUAGAAAUACCCAAGUUAAAACUUGCAUGCAUUUAAUUGUGCAUUUUGUCAUUGGAGGUAUAUUUAAAAACAACCUGCAAGACCUGAAAUUUUCUUGUCUGAAGCCUUUGCCAGCCCUCUCCUUCUAACCCCGCCCAGGCCUUCUGUGGCUGUCCAAUGACAGACUUCAUAAUGCAGCUCAAUGAGAGGUCUUUGCUAGGCAGGUGCUCUGAGCAAUUGCUACCACUUGAGUUUAGCACCACUGAGCUAACCAAACCAGGAAGUAACAGAUCUGUUUGCUUGAAAGCCAGAGGUGUGUAAACAGGUAAAUACAUAAAAAUGUCAAUUGAUAUUGAAAUCUGCACAUUUUGCAAAAUGUAAAGAAGCGGAUAAAGUCUUCACACAUUAAGCUUUUCAGCAAGCUAGAGUGCAUUAUGGGUCUGGAGUGUCCCUUUAAGCCGUUUACCGUAGAACAGACCUUGCAUACCCAUAAUGACUCAUAAGGGAGUGGUUUGGGCAUGCAUUCUUUCAUUGGACAGUCCUGUUCGCACAAAUUUUUGUCAUGGAAAUCACAGAGUGAGACUGACACUAAUCUCCCAACUUCUCCCUAAUUUCCGCAGUUUUCCCUGGAGUCAGUUUGGAAAUAAGACAUACUUUAGCAGUUAAGUAUUUAUAUAUAUAUUUUUUUUUAUGCAGUGCAUAAUAUCAUUACAUACAAGCUUGGGGUGCCCCAACUGCAAUCCUCAAAUAUAUUGUCAUGCAUAACAGUUGGAGUAUUACUAUAAUAACAACAUAUUCAAGCUAUGAUUCCAUGGCUAGUCGUAAAGGAAAGAUUACACUAAAGUGUCAGCGAAAUAACUACUAAUGAGUAAUCAAAGUAGAAUGUACUGGUAGAAUGUACUGGGGAAGCUAUAGCACAGCUUAGUAAGUACACAAAUGAUUUUCCACUGAGCCAACAUACCUUACCAUGGUACUGGCCUGUUGGAGCUGGGCUUUAAUGUAGUGCCCAGCGGAUUAUAGAAACAAAGGGAUCUGAAAGGGACACAAGGUGUUCUCAAAAUAACUACAUAUGCACAUUCUAAUAGCAUUGUUAGUACUACACUCCAUGAAACUAUUGUAUUUCUCAGAUCAGGUGAGAAAGGAGCUAAACAUAAAUAGAAAAACAGGGCACAGCGUAAAUUAAGUUCCAUGGGCAAGUGUGUGGCUAAUGUUAGGAAGCCCUGCAUAGCCGGCACUGGGCCUUGGAUGGAAAGUCCAGCAUCAGCCAACGCCAAGACAUGGGAACAUGUGAAGGCUGCUAGGAGGCUUAACAAAGCGUCCCUUCAGCCCUGGACCUUUUUGAAGGCCUGGAUCUCUGUACCAUAGACUCGGGGUCUCACAUGACGGUAUAUGCAGCAUUUUAUUGUACAUGCAGCAUAAGAUUCCAAGUCCUUCCCUACUGGGAUAUGGCAAAGUCCCUGGAUGGUCGGUUGCUGCUUGAGGCGUAGGAUCUUCUGCCUCUGUGGAUGAUGCAAUGGGAGGGCAUCCCUGAUGACUCUCAGCAUAGGCUGGUGUAGUGUGGGUGACAUAGCAACUUGUAGGAGGGUUGUGUCCGGAGGGGGAUCAAUUGCCUUGCCACCUCUUCUCCUCCAUCUACUCUCCUGGCCCCCAGGUGCUACCGCCGCUGCUCGGGCCUUUAGUUGCACCCAGAAACAAGUGAUAAUUUCAUCCAGAUGCUUUAGCAUUUGGUCCAGUGUGGCACACCUAUAUAGCAUGCCAGGCUGUUGCUGAGGUUCGUGAAGAGAAGGCGUGUCCGCCAUUUUGCAGGCGGGUGCCAUAGUCUGUGCCAGUGCAGUUUCAGAUGCCUUUGUUCAAUGAGGUGAGUGGGGCCGAUCGGUGGGGACCAGGAUAACCCCUGCCGGUCCAGAGGGGGGGAGAGGUGAUACGCAGGAGUCCCACUUUUGAUAAAGAACCAGGAGAGCGGCCACCACUCUGUGGCUCUGCUUGUUGUAGGCCACAAGCCUCGAUUUGGGUAGCCCGUGUAGGGUACUGCCAGAUACAGCAGCGUCUCGCGGACAAGAUUAGUGAAGGCUGCACUCAAAAUGUGCCCCUAGUCAGUGAAUGCAACCUGAUAUUCACUAGAGGAUACUUCCUGGUUUCUAGCACAGGUUUUCUGUGCUAGAGCGUCGCUGGACGUCCUCACGCUGAGUGAGGACCUCCAGCAUCGCUCAAUUCCCCAUAAGAAAGCAUUGAAAGCAUUUUCAAUGCUUUCCUAUGGAGAGGUCUGAUGUGCACGUGCAGCAUUGCCGCGCAAGCGCAUUAGGUCUCCCCCGCUGGCGGACGCACAUGCGCGAUCGGUCUCCCCCGCCGGAUGAUGUCGGCGAGGGAGAAGCAUGGGCGGACCCAAAACCACCGCCGAGGGACAUCGGCGGUGGUCUCAGGUAAGUCACUGAAGGGGUUUUCACCCCUUCAGCAACAUAGGAUGGGGGGUGGGAGGGAGAGGGGACCUGCAAAAUGCCGCCCCUGGCCAGCCAGGCGUACAUAAUGUAGAUUUUUCACUAAACUGCGAUUUGAGGAUAGUUGACAAGAUAAUUUUUAGCACCUUGUGAAAACAAAAGCUGAGUUGUAGAAUUUUAGAAACAUAGAAACAUAGAAUGUAACGACAGAUAAGAACCAUUCGGCCCAUCUAGUCUGCCCAAUAUUUCAAAGUACUUUUAAUUAGUCCCUGGCCUUAUCUUAAGUCUAGGAUAGCCUUAUGCCUAUCCCACGCAUGCUCAAACUCUCUCACUGUGUUAACCUCUACCACUUCAGCUUGAAGGCUAUUCCAUGCAUCCACUACCCUCUCAGUAAAGUAAUACUUCCUGAAAUUAUUUUUAAACCUUUGCCCCUCUAAUUUAAGACUAUGUCCUCUUGUUGUGGUAGUUCUCCUUCUUUUAAAUAUAGUCUCCUCCUACUCUGUUGAUUCCCUUUAUGUAUUUAAAUGUUUCUAUCAUAUCCCCCCUGUCUCGUCUUUCCUCCUAGCUAUACGUGUUAAGAUCCUUUAACCUUUCCUUGUAAGUUUUAUCCUGCAGUCCAUGAACCAGUUUAGUAGCCCUUCUCUGAACUCUCUCUAAAGUAGUAAUAUCCUUCUGAAGAUACGGUCUCCAGUACUGCGUAUAAUACUCCAAGUGAGGUCUCACCAGUGCUCUGUACAAUGGCAUGAGCACUUCCCUCUUUCUACUGCUACCACCUCUCCCUAUACAACCAAGCAUUCUGCUAGCAUUUCCAGCUGCUCUAUUACAUUGUCAUCUGAAAUAAUUACUCCUAAAUCCCUUUCUUCAGAUGUUGAGGUUAGUAGGGUAUCAAAUAUCCUAUACUCUGCCCUUGGGUUUUUACGUCCAAGGUGCUCUGACCAUUUUUCAAAUUUUUCUAAAUCUUUUGCCAUUUGGCUUAUCCCUCCUGGAACAUCAACCCUGUUGCAAAUUUUAGUAUUGUCAGCAAAAAGACAUACCUUACUAUCAAGACCUUCUGCACUAUCACUAAUAAAAAUAUUAAAGAGAAUGGGUCCAAGUACAGAUCCCUGAGGUACUCCACUGGUAACUAGACCUUGUUUUGAAUAUACUCUGUUGAUUACAACCCUCUGUUGCCUGUCAUUUAGCCACUGCCUAACCCAUUCAACAAUAUUGGAAUCCAAACUUAAAUAUUGCAGUUUAUUGAUGAGCCUUCUAUGUGGAACAGUGUCAAAAGCCUUACUGAAAUCUAGGUAAGCAAUAUCUACUGCACAACCCUGAUCUAUUAUUUUAGUUACCCAAUCAAAAAAAUCAAUAAGAUUAGUUUGGCAUGAUCUCCCUGAAGUAAACCCAUGUUGUCUCUGAUCUUGAAAUCCAUGUGUUUUUAGAUGUUCAACAAUCCUAUCCUUUAACAUGUUUUCCAUUACUUUCCCCACUACUGAAGUAAGGCUUACUGGCCUCUAGUUGCCCGACUCCUCCCUAUUACCUUUCUUGUAAAUGGGCACAACAUUCGCUAACUUCCAAUCUUCUGGGACUACUCCUGUUUACAAUGAUUGGUUAAAUAAAUCUGUUAAUGGUUUUGCUAGUACACCACUAAGCUCUUUUAAUAGCUUUGGGUGUAUUCCAUCAGGUCCCAUUGACUUAUUUGUCUUUACUUUUGACAGUUGAAAUAGAACCUCUUCCUCUGUAAACUCACAUGUAACAAAUGGAUCAUGUGUCCUUUUUCCUAACUGGGGCCCCUUUCCUUCAUUUUCAUCUGUAAAUACUGAACAAAAAUAUUCAUUGAGGCAAUCAGCUAGACCUUUAUCCUCUUCUACAUACAUUUCUUCUUUUGUUUUUAAUCUAACUAAUCCUUGUUUUAAUUUCCUUUUCUCAUUUAUGUAUCUAAAAAAUGUUUUAUCACCCUUUUUUACUGAAUGUGCUAUUUUCUCUUCUGUGCUUUGGAGGCUCUUAUGACUUGCUUAGCCUCUUUCUGUCUAAUCUUAUAGAUCUGUCUGUCUACCUCACUCUGGGUUUUUUUAUAAUUACUAAAUGCUAACUUUUUGUUUUUUUUUACUAUUUUGGCCACAUCUGAGGAGUACCACAGUGGUUUCUUACAUUUUUUGCUUUUACUGACAAGCCUAAUGCAAUUUUCUGUUGCCUUCAGCAGUGCAACUUUUAAAUAAUCCUAUUUCUCCUGGACUCCAUUUCAACUGCUCCAGUCUGACAAGGACUCCUUUACGCAUAUUCUAAUUUUAGAAAAGUCAGUUUUUCUAAAGUCUAAAACUUUUGUUUUUGUGUGGUAUGACUCAGUCACUGUUCUUAUAUUAAACCACACUGACUGAUGAUCACUGGAUCCUAAACGUUCACCUACAGUAAUAUCUGAUACCAAAUCUCCAUUUGUAAACACUAAAUCUAGUAUGGCCUCCUUACGAGUUGGUUCCUCAACGAGUUGUUUUAGAGACAAUCCCAGAAUGGAGUUUAGAAUAUGUGUGCUCCUGGCAAAAGCAGCUAUUUUGGAUUUCCAGUUAACAUCAGGAAGAUUAAAGUCACCCAUGAUGAUAACUUCCCCUUCAUUGUCAUUUUAGCUAUUUCCUCAGCUAGUAGAUUAUCUAACUCUUCUAUUUGUCCUGGGGGCCUGUAAAUCACACCUACACGAGUUACUGUGUGAUUUCCAAAUUCUAACGUAACCCAAACGGACUCUAUGUUUGCCUCACUAACUUUUAUUAGGCUAGAUUUUAUGCUAUCCUUCACAUACAGGACCACCCCUCCCACUUUCUUGCCUUCUUGCCUUCUCUGUCUUUUCUGUAUAAUGAGUACCCUGGUAUUGCUAUGUCCCAGUCAUUUUUCUCAUUAUACCAUGUCUCAGUAACAGCGACUAAAUCUACAUCCUCAGUUGCCAUUAUUGCCACAAGUUCAUGGAUCUUAUUCCCUAAACUGCGAGCAUCUGUUGACAUGACUCUAAGCGUAUAAUUUUUUAACACACUUUUUACAGUUACUUUCUGUUUUUGUUUUGGGGGGCAAUUGGAUUGAUGUUUUAUCACCCUUUUGUCCCCUCCUCCUAGUUUAAAUACAUCCUAGCAAAACCUCUGAACUGCUCACUGAGAACAUUUGUUCCCUUUUGAGAAAGAUGCAAACCAUCUUUUUUUGUACAGCUUAUCCAUUCCAAACAGAGCUACUGUGAGAAACAAAGCCAAAUCCUUGCUCCCGACACCAUUCACCAAGCCACAAAUUAAAGUCCCUAAUACGCAUCCGCCUGUCGUUCUGAGUGUUAUGCACAGGCAGAACUUCAGAGAAUGACAGUGUGGAAGCAACCUGCCGUAUAUCAUUGGCAAAAACACAAAACCCUUCCUUUACCUCAGAAACCUCAUUGCAAGCCAAGUCAUUUGUCCCUAGAUGGACAAGUACAUCCAAUUCCCCUUCCUGCUUUGCUCCCUUAACAAUAUUACAGAUACGUCUCCUGUCUCUGUGAGACUAAAAUUCACUAUUUCCUUUGCAUAAUCCCUGUUUGAGUAAAAAAAAACAAAGGCAUUCUGGGUAAUAAGGUUUUGAAGAAUAGUUUGGUUUAAUCCCAUUUUCAUUAAAAAGUACAAGUCAGUGAAGGGGCUAUCCAAUCGAUAAAAGCUAUUUUGGUUAGAAUUACCCUUCCUUUCCAGGUUCCCCCAAACAUUAAAUAAAAAUAAAAUGCAAAAGUUCUCCCCUCAGCCCGAUCAUCUUUCGUGUCACGUCACACCCCCUCCUUAAGGUUAAGAUUGGCCGAUGGGAGGAAAUGGGCUUUUGGAUACCUGGCGCAUGUCCAAUAUGCACACUACCAAUAUUAUCCAGCCCAGAAAUCUUUAUCUGGGCUGGCUAAUGCCACGUCAGUGACACUGCGGGUGGGGUUACAUGUCUGGCAGCAAAGGGGUUAAAUCACUGAAGUGGUCAUGGUGCUUUGAGUAACCCUUUAAUUCUACUUCAGUCUUUAAAUUAUCAUAAAACAAUCCUUCAUAUUCAGAUACAAUAUAUUGGGAACACCUUGCUUAUUUUUUUGCACUGAUAAUAGAUCCCAGAAUGCUAAAAUAUCCAUCAAAGGGUUGCUUGGCCCUAGCAAUUUGGUCCACCCAUUGUAUACUUAAAAGAAAACUAUUAAUGAGCAUUAUCUUACCUGGAAUCAUGUGUUGAGCAAGCUCUCCUUGCUGCUCUUGCCCCGUUUGGGAAUAGAAGGUGGCUACGUCUGUUGCCAGUGCCGGUGGUGACAGAUGUAAUUUUUUUGCACAGAUUUAACAUUUUGAAUGAACAUUAGGCAGAAUUAACGUUAAUACAGUUCAGGGCUGCCUAAAAAGAAAGCAUAAAAUAUUACUUUCUUUAAACAUUUAUGUGUCAGGCAAUACUGCAUACUCAAGCAAUCAAAGGGUCAAUCCCAUCUUUAACAGCAUCGUAUAUUUGUGCUGUGUCCACAUUAAGUGUUAUCUUUUUAUAGCAGGCAACCAUAAAACACAUAUCACUGCGUUUUCUACUUCCUUUAUCUUCUACCGUUAAAUGCAAAAAAACCCCCAAAACACGAGGUCACGGACUGACGUUCACCGGAGAGAUUCUUUUUAAUGUUUUCCUUCUCAGGGAAUCAAUUUAAGCUACAAUUUUCCGUUGUUUAAUAUGAAACCGAAGAAAUGCGUUCAACGAAAUCAAAAUAAUGAGUUCCAACUGUGUAAUCCUAACUGCCUACAUCCAUAAAAAUUGAUAUUCAAGUCAUUGAAAGAUCUUAUCACAUCUAGUCUAACCUAUUCAACAUCUUUGGUGACAGAUCUUUAUCUCGUUGUAGUCAAUUAAAAUAAAACAAAAGACUGAAUGAAUAAUGGCACUUCGCCAUGUUAAAUGUAUACAAUGUGCCUCAACUAUCGCCAAUGAUUCUUUUAUCAUGUGGGCUCACAGACGGGGCUCUCAUGUGCCCUCAUUUCUUUCUGGAGACUUUGUUUAAAAGUAUCGCUGUGCUAGACUGAAAGACAACGGGUAGAAAUGUCAAUUGCUAUUGUAUUUCCCUGCAGUAGAGUGGUUUUGUUCUGUAAAAUUAAACCUACAUACAAACUGUACAGUGCUGCAAAAAUAUGCAGGUGCUUACGGGGAACUUGAAUCACCAUAACUGGUGUAGGUAAUUGUAGUGGUUAUGGUACAUCUAUGGGUACUGUCUGUCUUUUUAUUGUCAAAUAAAUGUAAAGCUGUUUCUAGACCCUCUGGAGCUGUACUCAUAAUGAGGAUAUUUUAAUUCUGUAUUAUCAAGUGUGAAUCCCUGUGCAUCCAGCCUCGUAUAAAGCUAAAACAGAACAGAUCACAUACAGAAACUGUUGCACAGAAAAGGCAAUGGGAGGGCCAGGAUCGGCUCUGUGAUCUCAGCCAUUUCCUGUUUGAAAAGGACCUCAGCAGAAGAAGAGAGCUCUGGGAAUGAGAUUCAAGGGCCAUAUUUAUGCAAUUUCUAUAUUUUAGUUUGCAUACAAUACAUAAUAAGAACAAUGAUGGAGACUCUUGGAGUGCUGACAUUACCUACAUCUGAAAGUGCUGUCGAGAUGAGUUGUGUAAUGCUAAAAGGGACACUAUAGUCACAAAAGCAGUUUUAGCUUAAUGAAGCGGUUUUGCUGUAUUGAUCAUGCCCUGUCUCACUGCUCAAUUCUCUGCCAUUCAAGAGUUAAAUUACUUUAUUUGUGCAGCACUCCAUGCUUGUAAUGUACACAGCCUUCCUAAACACUUCAGGAAAGAAUGGUUAAUAUCUUCCUCCUUUACUCUGUUAUAUCAGGACAAUCUGAAAAGAUAAUAAAACCAAGCUUCAGCAUAUCUCUGUAUAUAGUCCAAUUAUGGCUGAGCCUCAACGUAGCUAAAUAAAUACAUACGAGAUGUGAAUUAUGUAUAGCUGAGUGAGUGCAUCCUGUUCUGACAUCAACAUAAAUUGUGGCGUUUUAAGAGCUGUAGGCAACUGAACCCGAUCAAUAGCACCAAUAUCAAUUAUCCAUGUUUCCAUAAAUGAUAUAGGAAAUCUGAUUAGUUUCAUAACAAUGACACAUAUAAACUACGCUAACAACCCCUGUGGAGCAUUAUUAUUGUACUAAAGGCAGUAACAUGGAGCUUUGUCUAUUUGCCACGGACAGAAAUGGUAUUUAUAUUUUGAUACUCUUUAGGCACUACAGAACAUAUCAUGUCAUAAAUAAAAACACGAAGUGGAAAUUUAGCAAAGUAGCAAAAAACAGUGAUGGUCAAGGAAACAUCUAGCAUGAUGACCAUUGAUGACAUGGUAUAAUCCAUCAUCAGCGAGUCUCAUUGUGUUGCAGUUGCUAUGCAAUGUAAUAUAAAUUGAGUAAAUUUAAAAAAGAACUCUCGUGGUAAUAUUGUCUUCUCAAUAAAUAAAUAGUCCCUCAACAUUAUCAUUCUAAAAGAAUUCCCCCAUUUCUAUCUUAGCUGCCUGUGGGUUUUGAAUUUUCAGGUGCCCUAAAGAUAUGAACGUAAAAUCUUUAUGAAGUACUCAUACUGACUGCAUUGUAAUUUCAGGGAAAUUGGAAGCCAAUCUAAAGCUAUAAGUUAUAAGGCAAAGUAGGGACUAAUUUGUGGUAUGGGCAAAGCAAAAUUUGGCCAAAGUUGACAAAAGGCAGAGCUUUUGUGGUCCAUCUUUGUCAAUCUCCCUCAGGUACCACUAGAUACAGCUAUGGCAAAAGGCAUCUGUGUUAGAGUACAACAGAAGGAAGCUGACAAUGGAACUACAUCUACCAGAAAUGCUUGCUGUGCCCAUUAUGGCUGUCACCUUUUUUUUGUACAAAAAUACCAGCCAUGGUAAUUUGCAUAAUUAUUUAUAUGUGUGAUGUCAAUGGGCGUGAUGUCACCAUAUGUAACAUCACAAUAAGUGUUUGUAUUUGCCUGUAGGAUUUAUGCACAUAUACACAUGCACUGCCACAUACUGACACACACACACACACACACACACACACACACACACAAAUGGAGUGGCAAAACUAGCAAAUUGUAAUUUUGUUUAACAAUCAUUUGGUAGCCCACUACACUUGGACAUCACUGCACCAAUGCUGUGUAAUCCCAGACAUUAAAAUAUACUUGCAAUAAUUAAUCACUGGUACCCAAUUGAAAAUAAUCCCCUCUCUAUAUGGAGUCCACAUGAUGAUUAACUAGCCUUCACCAGACAUUGAAUGCAUAACCAAAUGCAUCUGCUGGGAUCAAAUACUGUGAGUUACCCAGAGCACAUCUCACAGAUUAAAUUGUAUCACAAACAGCCUGAUUCCCUCUAAUUAACAUUUAAACCCAAUAAAACCCAUGGCAGGCUGAGCCUGAGUACAGGACUAUGACACAGACAUACAUAAGAAAGGAUCAGAAUGUUGGUCAAGCUAUGAUUUGCUAUUAUGAUAACAGUGAUACCUGCAGUAUAUGUUACAAUACUAUCACAGUUAUGUCCUUAUUACCAAUCUCCUCCUCCCUGGUCCUGACCUGCUACACUUCACACAGCAGCUCCUUCUCUUAUUAUUGGCCGGUGUUCGGGGUUGCUUGGAAAACAGCAUCAGAGUAGACAACCGGCAUUGCGAAUACAGCCAAGGCGUUCAAGAGUCAGGUAGGGGAGCUGGAAGCAUGGGAAACAGUAGGGAUCAAUCACACAGACAGCUGGGCUGCUUUAUAAACAGAAAACACCCUGCUUGUUGUUGCUAGCAAAAAAUACUUGCAAUUGUAUUGCCGAUAUUAAUGAUAUACCGGUACCGGCUGGACAGCUUCAGAUACCGGCUUUGUCAGUAACAUACCAGCCGGGUAUCAACCCUACUGUCCAUAAAUUAUUGCCGUCACCAACCCUAUAGAAAAUGAGGCUAGCACAAUUGGCUAAGUCAAGUAGUAAUUUGUUGCAGGUUCACUGCAGAAGAUGCCAAAACUAGGGUUUUGCAGAAAAUAAAGAUAUUUUAAAUGAAAGCAUCUUUAUUUUUAAUUAAUUGCUUUUGCAUAUCUAUAUAAUGACUUGUGAAGAAAGAAUAGGUCCAUAUCCACCUGGAGCUUCCUUUCUAAUGAAAAAACUAAAAUAUGAAUGUGGCAUUGAACCAGCUACAUUUUCUUCGACUUUGAUGCAUCCAUCACUAAGGCCAAGGAGAUUUGAUACAGACACAUGUUGUAGCAGGCACCAGUAUAUCAACAUUACAGAUCAGAGUAGAGAUUUAUACCAUUUAUACAGGUAGCGCCAGGAAAAAUACUCCAAACACAAUAGUAUAUAACAAUAAGAAAAAUAAAAUCAAUAAGAGCAAUAAAAAACCCACAGGAUAUAAAAAGAGUCCACAAUAAAACUUAAAAGAAUAAAAAAUACCAUAUGGUACGGCACAGACUCAAAGGGGGCAACAGAUCCUCUAGUCCUGUUGUGGGAAUUUCUUGAUAGCUUCGCUUAAUAGCAGAAUAUGAAAAGGAAGCAAAAACAGAGGCAAACCAAUAGUGCCAUAUUGUAGUACGUGGUAGGACAAACAACACUUAGAUAAGAUGUCAACUCACAUAUGGUAGAGCUAUAACCAUCUCUAGGUAAAACAGCAUGCAGUGGAUACAAUCCCCAGGGUAUCCCUCUGGUUUUGGUACACAGUAAAAUAAUGGUAACUCACAACUGGAUAACGAUGAGGUAGGUCAUAUGGAAUGACAAAAAGGCAGCAAAUAGUGCUCUCUAUAUAGAUAGUAAGUAUCAAUAAGGUAAAUAAAAAUAUACUUACAAUAGAGUGAGCAGACUAACCGCUCUAUGGAUCAAGCCUGGGUGGUAUAAUCCCCACCAAGGAUUUCUUUGGUUGAUUUUACACAAUAGGUAAUGGGUCCAGAUGUCAGAUAAAAGAAUAAAAAUAAAUAAUAAUUUAUUAUUAUAAAAGCAUAAAAAAGCAUAAAAACCACAAUUUUACCAUCAGUCUACUGUGUACCAAAACCAGAGGGAUAUCCUGCAAGUGGGGAUUGUAUACCACUGCAUGCUGUUUUACCUAGAGCUGGUUAUAGCUCUACCAUAUGUGAGUUGACAUCUUAUCUAAGUGUUGUUUGCCCUACCACGUACUACCAUAUUGCACUAUUGGUUUGCCUCUGUUUUUUCUUCCUUUUCAUAUACUGCUAUUAAGCUAAGCUACCAUGAAAGUCCCAUAGCAGGACUAGAAGAUCUAUUGCCACCUUUGAGACUGUGCCGCACCAUUUGGUAUUUUAUAGUCUUUCAAGUUUUAUUUUGGACUCUUUUUAUAUCCUGUGGGUUUUUUAUUGCUCUUAUUGCUUUUAUGGCUCUUAUUAUUAUAUACUAUUGUGUUUGGAGUAUUUUUCUUGGUGCUACAUGUUUAUUGUUGUUUGACCUGUUCUGGUUUUAUGGGGGUUGGAGGGAUUUCCCUAUUAUCAGGUGUGCUGCCUCCCACCCUAGUGUUCUUAGUUUCUUUAGCGCUGCUCUAUUCCUUGUUCAGUUUUGUAUCUUUUUUGAUACAGAACAUGAACCUGGUGAAUAAAUGAAUGGCUAAAUCUUUAGAUUUAAUAGCAGAAAGUAGAAACAAAGAGCUUUAUAUAAAGCUUAUGAUUAUCAGAUAAACCACAGGUGCGUUAGUUGGGCUAAGGAUAUAAUGGAAACUAAUUAGCCACCUUGUUCUUAUUAGUCAAAUGAGAAUCCUACCGAUCACAGCUAUUUUACACUGUUCUCUAGGGCCAAUCUGUUUCCAGAGCAUUGCUUUCUCUAAUUAACCAAACAAGAUAAUAUAUCACUAAGGAAAAGCAAUGGAAAUGCGGGGUUGAUUUUGGAUUCCCUGAGUCAGAUAAAAAUAGGAAGAAAGGUUCAAACAGAGCAAUUUGUGGGCUCCUGCAGGUUACAAUCUAAUUUCUUGUCUACUGUUUGCAGACUGCAGAAAAAGCCUGGUGUUAGUGGUCACUUCCUCAAAAUCAUCCUCUACAAGUGUUUAUGUUUAUAUGUCUAUAGAAAGAGUGAAUGUGACAGUUAUUAUACUAAGGGGUCUGCUCACAAGACAUGAAUAUUUGACUUUUUAAUAACAUUUAAUUUAACAAACCUUGAAUCAGCUGGAUUAAGAUCAGUUUCAUCUUGGUCCAAAUCAGAGUUAUUUACUGACAGCUAAAUCAAAAGUAGAAAUGCCCCAGUUGCUCUAUGUUGAUAUUAGCAACUUGCCUAGUGAGGGCCUUUACACACUGCUUCUACUAAAGGAGGUACUGGAACACAACACAACACACAGCUUAUUUUACUACUUGGCUUAUAAAAUCAUUUUACUCUGUAGUAAUAACUUAAAUAUGUCUCAUCACAGCCACCCUAUUUUAAAUAGUAGAGUAGUGUUCCCCACUGUUGUUUCCAAAAGGAGGCAAGAGACAGUCAUUAGGAGAGCCACAUUUACUGUAAAUCCUUGUGGGAUACUUGCCCUUAUCCCCUGGUAUCCCUCGUCUUUAAUCCCCCUUACCAUACUUGUAUCCCUUGCUUAUAUCCCCUUGGUAUCCAACACCCAAUAUCCUCCCUUACUUUAUGUCUUCUAUCUAUGUUCCCCUUGUACCACUACCUCCCCAUAUUCUUUGCAUCAUUUACCACCACCAUGCUGCUUUUCUACCUCCGAGUCUAUCGUUCUAUCUCUGUUGUGUGUGCCUCCUCCUUAACUUCCCUAAUCCAUCUCACCUAACCUCAUUGUAGCUCAUGGGUCAGAGAGAGAAAAGCAAUGCCAUCUCCUCUCUUUUAACUCAGCAUAUUCAGCCUACACUGUAAGUGGUGAGAGGGUGGGCUAUGAUGUUAAGUUUCCUUUCACUCAUCGAGGAAAUGGAACAACUUAUCUGCAAUGCUUGGAGAAGGGUGCUACAUCUUCACUCGGCUAUCACCCAGGGUAGAACACACUCUUCAUUAAUGUGCAUCGGUUGUCUAAUUUAGCUUAUUGCUCAGCAAGCUGCAGUGAGGGACAAUGCUUUAGAGCAGGGAUAGCCAACCUUCAGCACUCCAAAGGAUAUGGACUUCCUCUCCCAUAAUGCAGUCAUAAUGUUUGCAAAGUAUCAGGGGAGACAUAGUCCACAAAAUCUAGAGCAGUGCUUUUUAACCUUUUCUCAUCCAAGGCCCACCACAGCUCUUCCCAGAAUUCCAUGGGACACCACAAACAAAAUAUAUAUAUAACAAGUAGGGUGGGAGAGAGGAUAGAAAAGGGGGGGGAGGAGGUGUCAAAGAAUAGGAGCUAAAUAAGUAGAGGAGAGAGGCUCCAAAAGAUAGAAAAAGUGAGGGAACAGACUAUAGGUAGGACAGACUACAGGAAUCAUUAAGAUAUGCCGCCAAACAAACUGGGAUGUAGGUUAUAAUAUGACCUAACCUCCUGAACCAAACAAGGCAACCAGGGGGAGAGUGGGAGGUGUCAUGAGUCGUACUGCCCACACAGCACUUUACAAAGGGUUGCAGUGACCCCACAGCACUUGCCACAGGGUCUCCAUGUACCAGCACACUUGCUUCUUCUUCUUGAGCGGGUGGCGGCACAUCCGGCACUGCUCUCAGCAACCACGCGGCAAAGACAGUGCUGUGGCACAAUGGUUGCAGAGCACUGAUCUAGAGUGACAAAGUUUACCUACCCCUGCUUUAUGGUCAAACCAGCCUUUGAAAACAGCAUGUAUUCUUGAUGACACAGUUUUAAGAAACACUCUGAGCAGCAUGCUGUAGUGGUUGUGGUACCAGGUGUUCCCUGGCUCCCAUCCAGCGUAAGUCGUCAAACCAUUUAGGAAUGGUUACUAGGGUUCUCCUGGGCAUUACUCCACGCCUCCUCUUUUCCAGAAUGAGAGCCAGUCCUGCAUUUGCUGCACAAUUAGUAUAAGACUGGCCACACACUAUUAACUCUGUAUAAACCAUUUAAAGGUGUAUUAUCUCCAUUUGCAUUAAUGGAUUAAAAAUUGACUUCUUUUGUCUGUCAGGUGGUUUAAUGAACGUUUAAUUGUGAAGUCAGACAGAUUGUCAUAUUUUGUGUUGUUCUAGGCCUGGCGCUAAGCUUUAAAUAAUACACAGAGGUAAUAUCAUCAACAGCUGGGGUUUUUUUUUUUGUCCAGUGAUGAUGUUUAAUCCAAAUCCAGCAUGUUUAACAAUGUAAUGCAAGGAAUAGCGGAAAUUACAUCUCCUUCAAUUCUCUGAAAGAUCAGCAAUGUUAUUUUAUUUUGAUAGUAAUCCAUUAAACAAAAUCAAAGUAAAAAGGGAACUUGAAGUUGACAGUAGAACAAGCUGAACUAUUUUAGUAUUCUGAAGGUGUAUUCCAUAAUAGAUGGAGUGCAACUCCCAGAAAGUGAUAAUAUCCAUCUAGUUCUGUAUUUCUGGAGCAAAAAUGGGACAACUGAAGGAAGGCAUGGGUGUGAGUUUCUGGAAGAUGCCUUUAAUAUAAUUUCACUUCGUUUGCUGAUUUUUCUGCAAAGGCAAAGCCAAAUGCAAAUAUCAGGUAGAGAAAGCGGAAAGCAGUGUAUGUCUAAAUUAGAUAUACAAAAACAAUGCCCCAUCAGUUAAAAUGUUAAAGGAUUACUUCAAACGCAAAGCACUUCAGCUUGCCGUAUGGAGCGUGCCUUUCAUUUCUAAUCUAUAUAAGUGUCAAUUUCAAUAUAAAUUACUGAACUAACAGAAGCAAGCGGCAGGCAUGCUUGGCGAGAGCGUGCCUUCCAAUACUUCUCAACAGCGUGAAUAAAAGCUUGUGUGCACAACUUGACCACAGAGACUUCUCAAUGAGGUCUUAAAGACUGCGUGAAGGAAAAGAAGCCAAAAAUAAUAUGCAUGUUUUCUUUGUGGGUAUAUCUACUAAAAUACAUAGAAACAGCAAAAAGAUAACACUCUCAGGACUUGCAAAGUAAAAUAAAACUUAACUUUUAAUGUCCGAGGUAAAAGAUUGACGUUUCAGUUUGUCUUGCAAACUUUCAUCAGGAAAUAUAUAUUUUACAUUGGAGUGUUCUUUUAACAUACUUUCUAUCCUUUCCAUCUCCAACCCUCUGUAACAGCUUUACUGCUUCUUCUUCAAUUGUGUCAUAUAACAAAGAUCUCACUUUAUUGUAACCUUGCAAUCUACUUUCCCUAUGUAUGUAAUACAUUUUAUCUUUUGUGUAAUUAUACCCUACUCUCCUUUGAUUGUAAGCUUCUUUGAACACGGCCCUCAACACUUUCUUUUCCCAUAUGUCUAGCUUGUCUUGUUGGAACUACUUGUUUGCUAGAUUAUCUGUUGUAUAGUGCGGUGGCAUAUGUAGGUGCUUUAUAAAUAAUAAUAAUUAUGAUAUGAAUAAGGACAAUUUUAUAUCCUAAAUGGCCACAUGGUGGCAGCAAUAGCUGGAACAUGUCAAAAAAAGACUGCAUAAGAUUUCUAUAAAAGAGGAUAUUUCUUUUCCACUGACAUAAGAAGGCAGGAUGGAGAAUAUUUAUGUUUUUUUCGGGUCCAAUUAAUGCUGCUAACACAUAUUUGACUCUUUAUACAGCUUCAAUGGUUUUGUUGAACGGGAAGUACAUGAGUUGCGGUCCUCUUGUUGAGUCUGAGGGAGAAACCCUUGACCUUUUACAUCUCCACUGUAGCUGAACCUGGAGGAAUUAUAUGAUAAUAAGGAUGUGCAGUGGGGAGGGAACUGGAAUGAAAGAUCCAUGGAAUUGUGAGCACAGAUCUUAUUGUCCCCCUGUAAAACCACCCCUUACUUUGAGGCCUGGUUUCAGCUGGACUCCAUAUGUUUCAUGUCACUGUUGCUCAAUGGUAUUGUGUACUUAAUACCACUAAAUGUCAUCUAACUGAUUAAGCAACAACACCUUUUAGAGUGUGAUGGUUAGCUUAAACGUUUUUUUUCUCCUUACUGUUUCUCCUUUUAAUCAUUCUUCUCCUUGUUCACUGAUACAAUAGCCGCCAUCUUUUUAAAAUUUAUUUAUAUAUCUGCCAGCCACAUAUUGUCUCCUUUGAUCCCCCAACCAACCCCAUCUCUAUUAUUUCACUUUCCUCCCACAUCUCUAGGUAAGAAACAUGUUGUCUCCACCUGUAUAGUAGAGAUUGCAGUCCAAUUCCAUUCCUUAAACAGAGGGAGAAGGAUGAUGUGACACCAGGGGUCAUGGGGUCAUGCACAUAAUAGCAGGUCAGGUGUGUUGAAGGUAGACCACAUAUGAAGUUGUGCGUGGGCUGUUUGAGGUAACCCAGCUGUUCACUGAACUGGUACUACAUGCUAUUCACUACUUGGACCAUUGGGAGCAGACAUGCCAUCAGUAUGAUUUCUAUAAACAAAAUGUGUGGCACAAUAAGUGGAUGUCAUCUUCCUAUCACUAAGACACCCGCUCAUCCAAAUGCCCCUGGGUCCAAUAGACUUUCUAAGACUCCCCAGCUGUGAUUAGCACACAUUUAAUGCUGUAUUCAUUACAUUAUUAUAUAAUGCAUCAUUUUCAACGGUAAUAUUUGUCUAUUUUAUUUAUUUAAAUAAUCCAAAGAUUGAUCUGUUUGACCAGGAAUGUCAAUCUGUUUUGUUUUUUUCUUUACGAGUCACAGAAUUCUCAGCCAGCCAGUGACUGGGAAAUGUAUCCAAAAACAGUUUCAGUGCCAAGAUUGGACAGUAAACCAUCUGCUUUAGAUGGAAACUCAUUUAACCAAUCCCUUCAUCAUCUCUGCAGGCCAUCACUUUUUUAUUUUAGUAAUAAUUGUUUUACCAUUAAUCCAAAACUCAAAAAAAGCUAGCAGCACAUCUCUUAAACUGUUACCAUAGUAAUAGUUUAGCAAAGCACAUUUUACUGUCUAAGAGGAACAUUGCCUGAACAAAGCCAUCAGAAUUAUCAGAAAACACACCUUGUUGAGCAGCAUUUUUGUUUCAGAUUCAGAGUUUGUUUUCAGAUUAAGUUCAUGAUAAAUAAGAUUUUAUUUGAAUUCAUUUUAGUUUUUCCGCUGUGUGCCAUUACUUGCUUUGACGCCUGGACAUGCAAAUAUUCCAAAAAUGCGAUCCUUCGUUUUCUUGCCAUUUAUAAGGCGCCUAUAAACCCAGAGGCAGGGGAGGGCUAUUGUUAAGAAAACUUCACCUUGAGUACCCUCUGGCAAAAUUAAAAUGUGGGCCCUUGGAUCCAGGAUGGAUUCACAAGGAGUAAAAAGGUGGUCAGACUCAAUUCUUUUAUUUGUAGUACAGUUAAAGCAUAGUCUCAAGUCUCUGCAGUCCUGUCUCCAGCAAACCCCUGUUUUAUGUAUUAUAUACAUAAUAAAUGACAAUAUUCAAAAACAUAAGGGCACACAUUUACAUCGAGUGAGCUCUCACUAAACCAGGAAGUGGCUCAGCUGACCUGGAUGGUUCCAUUUUGUUUAAUUUAAAACAUAAGUUUAACUUACAGGGUUUCAAAGUCAGGGGUCCUUCUUGCUCAAUAAAGUAUCAUUGUGCAACUACCUACUGUACCUUUGUAGGACUAAAAUAUUUAAUUAUCUGUCCCUCUUUUGUAACGUAAUGUCCCUCUUUUCUAAGAGCUACAAGUUCUGGAAGUUUACUUGUGUACAACUCAUCUCCCUGGCGAUUGUACUGACAAUAAUGAGUCUCUGAACUACAGUGAAAGUCUUUACUUUGUGAAAAGAAAUUACUUUAGUUUUGUUCAAAAAUACCUUUUCUGUUCCAUAAAUAUUUAAUGAAUAAAUGUUUUAUUCAAUAGUGUAAUUUCCACACAAGUGAUCUCUCCCCUUUAAGCAUCUGAAAACAAAUCUUGGGCUUCCACUAAAUUUGAUUAACCCUGAUUUUCAACUUGAAUCUGACACAUUUGGCGACAAAUGCUAAAUUUCAUGGAGAAGUUGAACUCAGAAUUCCCAAUCAAAUCACAUGACAUUGAAAGGAACUCAGCACUGAGUUUAAUAAAUCAAAAUAAUGUUUUCCACGAUCUUCAUCCUCACUAAUUGGAGUUGCACUGAAACUAAUCUGUUUUUAAGCUAUUUGAUGUGUUAGCUAAAACUGUAAAGCCAGGGAGUGCAUCGAUUUAUGAGCUUUAAUAAUAGAUACAAUCUAUCCACCCUGCCGACAUGAAUGCAAUAUUUGGCAACAGUUACAAAUGAAAAAAGGGAUUACCGUAAACGAAGGCCUCUUAGGGUUAAUGUGAUUUGCUAGAUUGUAAACUCAUGGGCAGGGUCUUCUGUUCCGUUUGUAUCAGUAUAUGUUCAUUAUUUGUAUUCUCACUUAUGUCCAGUGCUGUGCAAUAUGUUGACGCUAUAUAAAUACCAAAAAAAAAUCAUAAUAAAAUGUGAUGAAUAAAAUUAGAUAGAAGCUUAGAAUGUCUCGUAUACUGCAUCCUAAUAAAUCCUUUCUUUUCUAUCUUGCAGCAUGGAACAUGAAGCUGCACAGCUGGAGAAGCAACAUGUCCACAGCGUCUACGAGAGCACCGCUCCUUACUUUAAUGAAGUGCAAAGUAAGGCUUGGCCCAAGGUCCGUCAAUUCCUUUUGGAGCAAGAGCCUGGCAGUCUCAUUGUGGAUAUAGGUAUGAUAUAUUAAUUCUGAAUGAUUGUAACGUUCCCUGCUUGCUGUAUGUCUGGAAGGAUAUUAGAACUCUUUGAACUUUGAGCUACAUGUGGAUGAACAAUGAUUUUAAAUGCUAGUUUGAAAUUCAAAGUGUAGAAGAUAAAAACAGUAAUCUUACUAUACGGCAGCUAAUGUUUCAGAUUUAGCUUUUAACCUUUUCAUUGGUGUGCGCAAGUAGUGUUAAAAGUGUGCUGAAACAUCGUAAAGCUCAGACAAGUUGUCCUAAUCUUCCACGUAUGUGGCUAUCUUACUUUUGAGUCAUUUGGGGUUAAUUUGUUUUUUUUUUUGGUUGAAGAAAAUCAUCAUGGCAGUUAGUCACAGAGCUGAUGACCACUACAGAAACUAUGUUUUUUCUGUGUCUCAUAUUUUGAAAGAUUGCUUUUCCAACUAUAACAUAAUUGUUAAAGCAGAUGUGUCAGCUUCGGAGGUCUUUGCAUAUUUACAAAAAAAUACCAAAACAGACAGAUCCGAUGUGGGUCUGGUUGCCACCAGGUGCUGGGGAGGGGUGAUUUGUUAACCUCUGGAUGUCCCUCAUGGCUGCAACCAUCUUCAUAGCACAGGUCUCUUUGGCUCCUGCCGCUUUAGCAUGCGCAAGAGUACAACACUAAGGUCUAGGCAGAGCCUAAUUCUCACAGUCAUCAAUGGUCACAGCUGCUGGGAUUGGACAAAGAUUAACAGUGGACGUUCUCUUUUUGUCAAACUCAAGCUUUACCAUAGGACAAAAUAGUUCCUACUUAGUCUUAUGAUUACUUUGGGUUGUGUUGGAAUUUCAGUGAAAAUCCAACACAGCCUUAAAGGGACACUAUAGGCACCCAAACACAGCCUUAAAGGGACACUAUAGGCACCCAAACCACUUCAGCUCAUUAAAGUGGUGGUGUCCCUAUUGCACUUAGUGCUGCAAUGUUAAACAUCCACUGGAGGUGCUUCCUGCAUCCAAAUGGACCUUUGGUCAUAGUUUCUGAUGCUGGAUGUCCUCACGCUCUGCAUGAGGUCAUCCAGCGUCAGAUUUUUCCCUAUAGGAUUUCAGUGUUUUCCUAUGGGGACGUCUAAAACUCUACUGUUUCAAUUAGAUUUCAAACAGCAGAGCAUUUUGCUGUGCACGAACAGUAGCCUUCCAGUGCUUUCCUAUGAUGAACAAAGAGGCAGAGUGGCACACCAGAGACCAGCACUGCGCAGGAGAAACAGCGAGUGAACUCACUUUUUUUAACCCUUGCAGCACUGGCCCAGUCACCCAAAAGGCGACUAAGACACUAUAGUGUUAGGACACUAUAGUGAUUCUUUAAUUGAAAUAUGCUCAGUAAACUUUACAUUUGUUUAAUCACAAAGCUUGUCCUUUAUGAUUGAGAAUUAAUUUAGUUUUUUUAUAUAAUAAUAAAAAAAUAAAAAUAAUAAAAAAUGAUAUUCAGCCCAUAUAAAUACCAAUAGGAUGGAUGUUUGACCAUUUUCAAGAGCCUCUUUUUGUCACAUCUACUAUAUGUGACAGAAAUAGCAUUUAUGUUCGAAAUAAUGUCAAACCAGGCAUACGUAUAAUGUUUAAAUGUUUAAAACUCUUCAUCCCACCAAUAUUUAUGUAAAGGAUGAAUGAAUGAAUAAAAAAACAAAUUUUCUAAAUUUAUAUUGGCUUGAUUUAUUUUUCUAGCAACUUAUACAUAAAAUUGCAGUUUUAUAUUACAUUUAUUUGCUGUGCAUCCGUUUUUUCAAAGAAAUGUUAUGGUGUUAUUGAGGACAUCGUUGUCCCUUUUAUUAAGUGUAAUAUAGCUAAACCAUGUCUCAGAGAAGUAAUUAUUCUCCUACUCAAUGGUAUAGUUCAUCUGUUAACGAAGGAUUAUCUGUGUAAUUGGGUUAACCUUCUCCACCUCUUGUAAUAUCCUGUAAAUGUUUGCUUGGAUCAUUUCUAUGCUUGAAGUACUAACAAUAUAAUAAAUAUACCUAGUGUACUUUUUUUUUUAUAUAUAUAUAACUUCUGUCCAUAAAGCAAAAUCAUUUUUCUUCUUGCAGGUUGUGGCACUGGGAAAUACCUCGAUGUGAAUAGUGAGAUAUACAAUUUAGGCUGUGAUUACUGUAAGCCUCUAGUGGACAUUGCAAAGAAUAACAAAGUUGAAGUCAUGGUGUGUGAUAACCUCAAUUUACCCUUUAGAGACAAAUGCUUUGACACAGCGAUCUCUAUCGGAGGUAAGGUGUACCCACCUAAUCAUUACAAUACAAGAUUCUUUUAAUUGACCCCGUAGUUAAAUGAAAAGUAUUGGUAAAAUACAAAAUGUAUAAAAAGUGUCAUAAUAUGUGAUGUACAACGCCUAAUAACAGUAAAUGUUAUCUAAUUUAGGUGAAUGGGAACAAGAAAUGAUGAGGGUCAUGUUGGAUUUAGCUUAAAUGUAACCCUUGAGAAUGAAGGCUUAAUAUUAGAUACAUAGAAUACUGUAGUUUUGUCAUCACCAGUAGGAAAUCAAAUGUAGGAAAAGUGAUGCUUUACCUUUAAUUACCCUUACAUUUAAAAAGAUAUUUCUGAAAAUUCUAAAAGUGUUUUCAGAUUAAUAUAUCAGCUUUAUGUCUAUAUUAUAAAAAUACAAUAUAAAAUCUGUAGGGUUACAUUAUUUCUGCAUCUUGUGCUUAAAUUUUUACUUAGAACACAAGACAGAGUAAAUAGCUGCUAAUGUAGUCGUUGAAUUGAAGUGGUUAAUAUUUUUCCUGUGUGUCAUAUUGAAAAUCUCAUUUUAGCAGCUGUUCUCUCUGUAUCUGGGGCAGUUUUAAAUAGCAUCCUUGCUCUAAUAAAAAAAAAUAACAACCUGAACUCUGUUCACUUCUCUUCCUAGUGAUUCAUCAUUUUUCCACUAAGCAAAGAAGAAUCCGAGCAAUAAAAGAGAUGGCAAGAAUUUUGCUUCCAGGAGGUCAAAUUAUGCUCUAUGUUUGGGCAAUGGAACAAAAGAGCCGCAGGUUUGAAAAGCAGGAUGUAUUUGUACCCUGGAACAAAGCAUUGCUGUCUCGACAACCCUCUGAAACCAACCAGUCUGAAAAUAAAAUGAACACUACUUCUAAAAUGAAACUUCAUGAUGUGGCCCCAAAGCAAAUGGAUGUUUCUGAAACAAUUAAUGUAAGUAGCUUUAGGCCAACCCAUCUUUCUAAGCAAUCCAACAAUGCAAAAAGUUGCAUACCAGCAGAAACAUGCUGCCUAAAGUUUCCUAAUGAUGAAAACAGACUGUAUAGUUCUAUAGGACGUUCUCUCCGUUCAUGGUUUAUCUCUCGUUCCCUUGAUGAAUCCACAUUGAGAAGGCAAAUUGAUAAAAUGAAGUGUCUUAGCCCCGUCAGUGGGUGGACAAGUGGCACCAUAUCUGUUCAGCCUUCAAGGCACUGUAGCCUCGACCUUGGUCAUCAGAGAUUGUUAUUAAAAGAGCACAAUGUAGACGAUGAUGAUGUAUUUCUGAAAAAUGAAUCACAAGGAAAAUCUGAGUGGGUGAUAGCCUUAAACAAUAAGCAACAUGAAAAUGGAAGAACGUGUGGACUUGUUCCAGACGGUGCAGAACAGACUCCGUUUUCUGAUGAAGCUAGGUACUGCACUUGUAUAUGCAACAAUGAAAAAGACAACACAAAACAAAACAAAGUAUUAAAAAGAACUUCGACUACAGAGUCAAAUGAAUCUGUUUUAGAUGAAACUGUAGCAGCUAAUGAUCAGGAAACGUAUAAUUUUGACUCAGAAGCAUACAUGAGAUAUUAUCACGUAUUUCGUGAAGGGGAACUCAGCAACCUUAUAGAAACGGACGUGCCAGAGCUUCGAGUUAUUAGUUCAUGUUUCGACCAUGGAAAUUGGUGCAUAAUUGCACAAAAGAAUUAAUUCCUUUUCCUCCCUCGUGUUUAAUGUGUUGUAACUUGAAAAGCAAAAAGUACCUCGAGGUAACAAAUAAGAAAUGCAAUACCUUUGUUUAAAAGUGUAUAUUUAUUUUUUUAUUUAUGAAGAGAUUGACAUAUAGUUUUUGUUAUUUAUUUAAAAUGUGUUACAUUGGGUUCUGUGUAUAAACUUGACAGUACUUGACAAAAAAAAAAAAAGAAACUGGAAUAUUGCUGUAUGAGGAAGAGUAGGAUAACAUGGUUACACACAGCUUUGUUAUGCAAAAAAAGGACAUGGAUUCCUUGUCGCAACAUAAAACAAAUACUUAUAUUGAAGGAACAGGUUGAUAUAACCUGUGAUUUAUAUUUUCUUUUACGUCUAGAUUUAAAGGAUGAGUUUUUUAUUGCAGUUUGUUUAUGAUACUUACUAUAUUUUUUAACAGAAAUUAAGAAUCAUAGCAAUACUAUUUGCCAUCUUAUGAUCGUAUAUCUAAAACAUGGAUAUAGUGCUUUUGGGAUAGUCAAUUGGGAUAGAACAGUUUUAGUUAUAUCAACAGCCGUUCAAGACCUUUAUUGUCUGACAGGUUUAGUAGGGGAGUGUAAUAUUUGUUCCUCCUUUGUAUAUAAAUAUAUUGGCAAUUAUCUAUAAAUAGUGUUUUGUUCGGAAAAGUGCUUCAAACUACUAAAAGUGGAGCAAUCACCAUGGAAACCAGUGAAACCAGCAAGCACAUUCCAUUGGCGAUUCCUCUUAUUUUUACAUCUUUGCAGCAUUUUUAAGAACACAACACUUUUUACAUGUAACCCCUAUGUACUUUUCCUGAUAGAUCUUGCUGCUAUAACAUACCAGGUAAACCUUUUUUUACAGGUUUUUUUUUAUUCCACGGUAUGUGAGAGAGAAUGCUUUAGAUAUUGCAGUCCUUCUGCACCUCACAGGUAACACCACUGAGGGGCACUGUCAGCUUCUGAAGGACAUAGUGGAACUCUAUCAUAUCUAUGUACAGUGUUUUCUGUACAGUGUUUUCAUGGUCUCCAUGACACAUAUCUAAAUGUCGCAUUUCCCUUUUUAUUCAUGAUUUUAAACCUUUCUGAUAUUUCUCUCAUCAUUUCCGUUUUGCUUUCUUCAUAUUUAGGUUGUAUUCAGUAAAACACAGAAUUGUAAUUAAAUUAAAAUUGAUUUGCAAAAAAUUGGGAAAGUAGCUGAUUUGUAACCCUCCACCCAACUGCAAGGCAGCUAUAUUGUAAAAUCUUGAGUAUUUUAGCCCAAAUAUUUCAAAAUGGUUUUCAAUUCACAGAAAUGUUGUGAAUUUAACCAGUUUGUGUUUUCCAUACUAAAUUCCUCUCUACCCACACCCCUCAUGAAUAACCACAUUCUAUCCUGUUCAUUUCAACCUUCAUUUGUAUCACAUAUAUCUGCUGCCCUCAAUAUAUCACCCAAUCUGUAUAAGUUUAUACUUUAUGGGGCUUAUUUAUCAAACAGAUUUAUUUACUAAAGUGAAAAUUCAAAGUAAAUUGAAAGUGAAUUUCCAAUUUAGGGUCAAAAGAGUCACGUUUAAUUCUCACUUCUGUGAAUGAACCUGAAAUUCUUCUGAAGAGUGAUGGGAAAAUUAUUUUAAUCAUAUUUAUUAAAAUGUUCUGCAAAUAAUUAAAAAAAGGAACGUUUUUUAACUACUAAAUUCCGUCAGUUUUCACAGACAUUUUCGUUUCAAAAGACCGACAAAAAAAA